AUGAUGAAAGCGGGCGUCACCAAGGUGGGGCUGCCCAAACCUGGGCACGAGCGCACCCGGCCAGCCUCUGUAAGCUCCACCACCUCUGUAGCCACGAAGCCUCCCAGGUCAAAUCUGCUCCCGCCUGAGCCGCGCCUCACCAAGUUAAAGCGAGCCAACAGUGAUGAUGCGUUGAACAAGCCUAACCUCAGUGCUGCUGCUGGAUCUCGGAUGAAGAAAACAGUGACGACAGGAGCCAUCUCAGAGCUGGCUGAAGCGAGACCCCGUGGCUUUGGAGGUACUCAAACAACAAAGAAAUCUGGGAUUCCAGCUCCUAAAGAGGUCCAGUCCUCAAUAUCUCGGGACCGUGUUUCUUCUAAGGACCCACUAAGGAGCUCUUCUAAUAAGAGAAUGGUAUCCAGUGCCAGCACUUCCAGCCUUUCCACUCUAUCAAAACAAACACGAAACACAGCCAAGACUCGUGGAGACCCAGAGGGCCAGGAGAAAGGACUAUUGGAGAGUCAGGUGAAAGAGUUGCUAGCUGAGGCCAAAGCUAAAGACUCAGAGAUCAGUAAUCUGAGAACAGAGCUGCAGCGCUGCAAGAGCAAAGUGGCCCUCACCUCUCCCUCUUCACCGAGCGCAGACAGGGAGCAGGGACAGGUGGCUGAGGCGCUGGUGCUGGUCGGAGAGCUAAGGGAAAAGAACAGCCGCUUUCAGAGAGAGUUAGCUGCACUCAGAGAGGAAAACCAGUUAUUAAAAGAAAAGCUCAUGUGUUUAGAGAGCCCUCUGUUGCCCUCAACAAACUCCGCCAGUCCCACUAAAGCCAUGGUGAAUGGCCUUCCCUCAGACUCUACUGUUUCCACUAUCUCUUCUCCCAGCCCAGUCAUAACCACCCCCUCUUCUGAUAUGGACAAAGACUCUCCUUCACCUGACUCGUCUGAAUUUGAGAAGAUCCCGUCUCACUCAGAGUCCGUGAGCAGUGGAGUAAGCACAGAGGCAGUUCCAGCCAGUUCAGUCUCUUGCACAGUGCGACAGGAUGUGUCCUUACAGAGUCUCACAGAGCAGAUCCACCAGAUGGAGGAGAGCCACCACAGCACUGCUGAGGAGCUGCAAGCCACUCUGCAGGAGUUGUCGGACCAGCAGCAGAUGGUGCAUGAGCUUACUGCAGAGAACGAGCGUUUGAGUGAGGAGAAGAGGCUUCUACAGACAUCACUGCAGCAGCAGAGGGAGCGAGUGGAGGUCCUGGUGCAGAAGAAUGAGGCCCUGGCCCAGGCUCAGAGAGAAGAAGAGCUUGGGGGGCAGGGCACACGACUGGCUGAGCUGGAGCAAAGAUACACAGAGUUAGUAGACAGCUCCAGGUUUGAGAGAGAGAAACUGGUGGACAUUCAGCAACAACUCACUGGCAGUCUGCGUGCUCUGGAGCAGGAGCACCAGGAUGCCCAGGGACAGGCCUUCUACCUCAGGGAGGAACUGAGCCGACUGCAGUCCCAUAUGGACCAAGAGCUGGAAGCAGCGGGACAGUCUUUGCAAACAGCAGAGGAGCAUAGAGCUGCUGCAGAGGCCUUGAGGCUGGACAACUGCAGACUAAAGGCCCAGGUGGACAUUGAGAGGCAGAAGGUGACAGAACUGAAGGCCCUGCAGAACACCAGCGACAGCAGCGAGCUGCAGAGUUUACUGAAGGAGGCCCACUCCGAGAGAGAGCAGUUGGAGCACGAGCUGAGUGUGUGUCGGCAGCACCUGCUCCAGUCCCAGACUGAGACUGAGCACACCCAUUCUGCACUGUCCAAGAUGGAGGCCAAAUGCCAACAGAGCCAAGAGCGAGCUGAGCAGAGGGAACAGGAGCUUCUGUGCAAAGUAGCAGCUCUGGAGGAGAGGACACUACAGGCUGAGAACCAGGAGAAGGAGCUGAAGGAGGCCGUGUUCGAGCUGGAGGACCAGGUGGAGCAGCAGAGGGCCGUGGGACUGCACACCAACCAGACCGUGCUGGACCUGGAGAAUCUUGUCAAGAAGUUGGAGGAACAGAAGUCUGAGUCAGAGCGACAGAUCAAGGCAUUGUCUCGACAGAUCAAGGAAGAGAAGGAGGAGUGGCGUCGCUUCCAGGCAGACCUCCAGACCGCAGUGGUGGUGGCCAAUGAUAUUAAAGUGGAGGCCCAACAGGAGCUGCGUGCUUUGAGGAGGCAGCUGCAGGAGGAGCAGGACCGCAACGCCAAACUCACCGGGGACAUGGAGGCUUUGCAGGGAGUCAGGAUCUGCACCGGAGCCACUUUUGAAGCCAAGACUGCAGUGGAAGAAAUGACUGUGGACCUUAAGCCUGACUGUAUCAGGUCCGAGUGUGAUGAGGCCCCCAUGUCGGAUAGCAAGCAUCACUGGUGUGGCAUUUCGGUGAUGCAGCCCACGGCCACAACGGCUGACCCCAACCAAGAGGCCCCCACCGACUCUGAGCCCGAAGCUACUGUCAAAUCCCUCAUAAAAUCCUUUGACUCAGUGGAACAAAAUGGUCCUAGUCCAACAUUACAGAUGCCCUCGACACAAAGAAGCCCUCUGAGUGCAAUCCCUGUACGUUCUGCCCCGGCUGCGGCCAUCUCACCAAUGCAGAGGCAUUCAUGUAUCAAACCACUUUCAAAGACAUUGGAAAAUCGGAUCAGCCUUGGGGAAUUUUCUCAUCAUCCUGGCGAUAAGAUGUCCAGUUGUGAGGACUUAAAACCCAGCAGUCUGAUGAGGAAGAGCCCCUCUCUGGAGUCUGUUAUCAAGACCUCUGCGUCUCUGAACCAUCGCAGUGCAUCCUUCACUUAUCGUCGAGGCAACAGCAAACUCAGUGUGGAAAGAAAGGACCCCUUGGCUGCACUAGCGCGGGAGUACGGAGGAUCUAAGAGGAACGCUCUACUGAAGUGGUGCCAGAAGAAAACACAAGGCUAUCCGAAUAUAGACGUGACAAACUUCAGCAGCAGUUGGAGCGAUGGUCUGGCCUUCUGUGCACUGCUCCACACGUACCUCCCGGCGCACAUCCCCUACCAGGAACUGCUGAGCCAGGACAAGAUCCGCAACCUGACUCUUGCGUUCCAGGCGGCAGAGAGCAUUGGCAUCAAACCAUCCCUGGACAUAGAGGAGCUGAUGAGGACGGACCGACCUGACUGGCAAAGCGUCAUGCAGUAUGUCUCACAGAUCUACAAAUACUUUGAGACUUGA